AUGCACUUUAUUAAGGAAGCCAAAUGGCAUAUAGAAAGCAAAGAAAGAAGUCCAUGCCACUCCAAAGCCAAAGCCAAAACAAAAGCUUGGAAGGCCAAGAAGGCAGUGCUAAAAAGCAUCCACAUCCACAAAAAAGAAAAGAUUGCAUGUUACCCACUUUCUGGGUGGCCCAAGACACCCCGAAGGCAGCCCAUUUAUCCUUGGAAGAGCGACAAGCUUAACCACUAUGUCAUCAUCAAGUUCCCCUUGAGCAGGGAGUUGGUCAUGAAGAAGACAGAAGACAGCAAUACACUUGGGUUCAUUAUGAAUGUCAAAGUCAACAAGCACCAUAUCAAACGGUCUGUGAAGAAGCUCUACAACAUUGACAUGGCCAAGGUCAACACCCUCAUCAGGGCUGACGGAGGGAAGAAGGUAUAUGUUCGACUGGCUACUGACUAUGAUGCUUUGGAUGUUGCCAACAAAACUGAGAUCAUCUAA